AUGAGCUACUCAACCUUAAUCCAAACAAACACUCGUAACAAUAAUGAAGGAGAAGACAAAGACUUCUGCUUCUGGACUUCACCAUCUUCAGAAUCUUCAAGGAUCAAAGAUAUUUUAGAAGGAAAGAAGGAACUUAUGGAGAUGAUGAAACACAUGCCUGAGUCUAGCUUUGAACUCUCUUUCCAAGACAUGGUUGUUGAGCAACAUCAAGUUCCAGAAGCUAAACCAGAACCAGAACCAGAACCAGAACCAAAACAAGUGUCUAGUAAAGUUCAACAACCUCAACACAAGAAGCUGAAUGAGAAGAAGAAAACAAAGAAGAAGGAAAACAAAUGCAAUAAUAGUAGACACGGUAAGAUAUUGAGAGCUGAAAGCAUGGACAGUGAAACAUUCUUACUGAAGAUGGUUUUUCCAACUUCUCUUGAUUGGAAGAAGAAGAAGACUACUAAAGUACAAAAUGGCUCCAAGGUAGAAGUUAAAAAUAAAGAAUGGAGAAUCAAAAGAUUUUUCACUGAACAUAGACAAAAUACUCGUAGUAGUAGUAGCAGCAGCGACAACAAUGACAAAAGCAGGUAUGUUGAUCGCAGCUACUCAUUCUCACAAGGUUGCUUCCCAUUCUUUGAUCAUAUAAAAAGCAAAGUAAAGAAGGACACUUUGAAACUUGGAGGAUGA